AUGUACCCUCCAAGAACAACAGUAUUAGAAGGCAGUUCUAUCAAGUUGCCUCUGCGUUUCUUUCAAUCUUCGUCUCUAAAGAACGCUCUUUCACCUGAUCGGAAGAACCUUUCCGUCUGGUUAUUGUUUGCUAUAUUCGUUCUGUUGACUUUCCACUAUCUCUCUGAUAGGGAUUUUUCUUUUUUGCUUACACUGAGUUCGAUUGUUGGGUCAUUCGGCUUUCUGCUGGGUUUGUACAAGGUCGUAUCCUCUCGAUCUGUUCAGGGACUAUCAGUCAAAUCACUGAUCCUCUAUGGUGUUGUGAGUCUGUCUCGUUUUUUCUCCAUCCUUUUCUCCGAUUCCUAUCUUCCCUAUGACCGUUCGGGAGAUUGGGUGUAUCGUUGCACAGAAGGAGUCGAGGUGAUUGCAAUCGCCUUUCUUCUUUACUUCUCUUACCGAUACAAAUACACAUACUACUCGUUCAUUGUGAAUCACUCACUGAAUCUCUCAAAGCUAGGAUUCGUUUGCAGGAGAAAACAGGAAGAAGAGCUGUAUCACGAUCGGGCUUCUUCUGUUUUCGCUGCUUUGCCUCUCGAUUGUACGCACAUAAUCCAUCCAGGAUUGUCCCAAAAGCAGAGUAUCGACGUGUUGUGGAGCUUUUCGCACUAUGUCGAAGCGAUUGCCGUUUAUCCACAACUCACACUAUUCAGCAGGUCUCGACACGGAGAGAUUGAGGGGCUAACUUCACACUUUGUUUUCUCCCUGGCGAUCUCCAGACUCUUCGCUCUGCUCUUCUGGGCAAGUUGCUGGAGAGAACUCAACGCGGGCACUCGCUGGCUUGGAAGUCGCUACGCAGGAGUAUCGAUUCUGCUAUCCCAAUGCAUCCAGAUCGUAUUAAUGGGAGAAUACGUGUACUACUAUGUGAAAUCGUACUUUUCAAAACUCUACACAAAUUCUAGUCUCUUGAAUGGAACGCCGCUUGUACUACCUGUUUGUAGAACCAGCAGAGAAGAUUGA